AUUGUAUUGUUUGCUCACCGCCGCAUGAACAUCGAGAAGAAGACGAGGACCAGGAAGAGGAAAAGGGGAGGGAGAGCACGCACACCAGCCAAGAAAACAAUACUUUAAAGAUGGGAGACAGUGACGAUGAGUACGACCGCAGGAGGCGGGACAAGUUCAGACGGGAGAGGAGUGACUACGACCGGUCCAGAGAGAGAGAAGACAGACGCAGAGAUGACUGGAACGACAGAGAGUGGGACAGGGGUAGGGAACGAAGGAGCCGCGGAGAAUACCGGGAUUAUGACAGAGGUCGUAGGGAGAGAUUUACCCCACCCAGACACGACAUGAGUCCCCAGCAGAAACGCAUGAGAAGAGACUGGGACGACCAUGGUGGAGAUCCUUACCGUGGGGGGUACGACUUGGGUUAUGGUGGUGGUGGUGGUGGUGGAGGGGGGGGGCCCAGCUAUGGCCCGCCACAGCACUGGGGUCAUCCUGACUUGCACCUCAUGCAGCCUCAUCAUGGCAUCCCUAUUCAGGCGAGGCUCGGUAACAUCCAUGACAUGGAUUUGGGUCCACCCCCUCCCAUAAUGAAGAGCUUUAAGGAGUUCCUGUUGUCCUUGGAUGAUUCAGUGGAUGAGACUGACGCAGUCAAACACUACAAUGAAUACAAGAUCGACUUCCGCCGGCAGCAGAUGCAGGACUUCUUUUUGGCUCAUAAAGAUGAGGAGUGGUUCAGGUCCAAGUAUCACCCAGAUGAGGCCAGCCGCCUGAAGGCAGAGGCCCAGAGUUCCCUGCACAACCGCCUGAAUGUCUUCAGUUUCCUGAUGGAGAACAGCUGGUUUGAUAAUGUCUCCCUGGACAUUGAACAGACCCCGGUCAUCAUCAAAGUUCUGGAUGCAGCUGUUAUAAAGAUGGAAGGAGGCACGGAUCAUGAUCUACGCAUCUUGGACCUGCCAUCUGAAGAGGAGGAAGAAAGGGAGAAGGCAGCGUCUGUUGCAGGGAGCGCCGAACCUCCCAAGAGAGAAGACCUCAAAUCGAUGGACGGUGAUCGCAAACCUUCAGUAGAGAAGGACAAAAAUGAGAAGGAGGAGAGCGACUCUGCCAGCACAGAAAGAUCUGCUGCAGCAGAAGGGGAGGCUGUAAAAGAGGAGGCAGAGAAAGAAGCUGCCAAAGAAGAAAUGCCUGAACCCAAGAAACCGAGAAGAAAGAGAAAGCGCAGUGGAGACAGCGAUGAUGAAGCCAGUGCCUCAGAGAGUGACUCUGACUCGGAUUCAGACUCAAAUUCCAACUGCUCUGAUAAACCAGUGACGAAGGAAAAGGUGGAAGAAAAAGAUGAUGAAGAGGAAGAGGAGGGUGAAGAGGAGAAACCAAAGGAGAAUGCUGAAGCAGACAACAAAGAAGAAAAUAAACCCAAAGAUGACUCUCCCAGGCCGCGGCCUCUCCACAGGACCUGCUCUCUGUUCAUGAGGAGCAUCGCUCCCACUAUUUCAAAGGCUGAGAUUAUUGCUCUUUGCCGCCGUUACCCUGGCUUUCUGCGUGUGUGCUUGUCGGAUCCCCAUCCAGAGCGCAGGUUUUUCAGACGUUGCUGGGUGACGUUUGACCGAAGCGUCAACAUCAAGGAGGUUUGCUGGAACCUUCAGAAUAUUCGACUGCGAGACUGUGAACUGGCACCAGGGGUUAACAGGGACCUGGCCCGGAGGGUUCGUAAUGUUAAUGGACUCACUCAGCACAAGCAGGUGCUCCGCAACGACAUCAAGCUGGCUGCCAAACUCAUUCAUGCUUUGGAUGAGAAAGGAGACCUGUGGAGCACCAAGUCCCAGGAAGAGAGGCACAGACAGAGCACAGAGCUGCCGGCUCAGAACCCCAUCUUGAAGAACAUCACAGAUUACCUGAUAGAGGAGGUUAGCGCUGAGGAGGAGGAGCUCCUGGGAUCAGGGAGCGGGAUGGGUUCUGAGGAGAGCACCAAGGAAGGAAACCCGGCAGAGACGACGGUGGAGAGGGAUGACAAACUAGCAAAGGUUUUGGAUCGUCUGAUUUUGUAUCUGCGUAUUGUGCACUCAAUCGACUACUACAACACCUGUGAAUACCCCAGUGAGGAUGAAAUGCCCAAUCGCUGUGGCAUGAUCCAUGUACGUGGACCCAUCCCUCCUAACCGCAUCACGCAUGGAGAAGUGCAACAAUGGCAGAAGAUGAUGGAGGAGAAGCUGAGUCCUUUGUUUAGUUUAAAAGAAAUCCUGUCUGAGGACGAGGCAGGGAAGAUGGGCCGCAAGGAUCCUGAGGAGGAGGUUGAGAAGUUUGUAAAUGCCAACACUCAAGAGCUGGGGAAGGACAAAUGGCUCUGCCCACUGAGUGGCAAGAAAUUUAAGGGCCCAGAGUUUGUACGAAAGCACAUCCUGAACAAGCAUGGGGACAAAAUUGAAGAAGUGAAAAAAGAAGUGGUGUUCUUCAAUAAUUUCCUGAUGGAUGCCAAGAGACCGUCGCUGCCCGAGAUGAAACUUCCUCCUCUUCCAGGCCCAGGUCAAGGUCUGCUGUCUCCCAACAUGCCAUUUCCUCCUCAAGGUCCUCAGGGUCCAAUGGGCUUUGGACAGCCUCGUCCACCUCUGAUGGGCUAUGGCGGUUCACCUCCUUACCCUCCCAACCAAUAUGGAGGAGGCAGAGGCAACUAUGACAACUUCCGCGGACAAGGUGGCUACCUGGGGAAACCGCGCAACCUUAGAAUGUCACGUGGUGAUCCACGCAACAUCGUUGAAUACCGUGACCUAGAUGCUCCAGAUGACAUGGACUUCUUUUAGAAGGUUCACUUGGUCCUUUCUGUCUUCACUCUUUUCAUGCGUUGUGUUUUUGUUGCUUUUUGGAGUGAUUAGAUUUUUUUCUUUUCUUAAAUAUUUCAUUUUCUCUUAAAUUGUGCAUCAAGAACAAACUUCCGCUGUAAAUUGUUUCAUCAAUAAAGUUGUGAUCAAACUACA